AUGGCAGAGGACAUGCACAUCUGCAGCAGUUCUGUGUUUUCUCAUUUUAUCCAGAUAGGAGGGGGGAAGUUGAUCCAGGUUGACCUGCUACCAUUUUUAACACCAUCACAGCUCGAAGAGGGACAUGAGUUGAACUGGUUUGCAAAAGACCAUCUCCAUGAGACUCUGGUGCUACUGCGACCAGUUUUGAUGUCCUGCUUGGAGGCCAGACUUGACAAGGAUGCUAAAAAAUCUGAACAGUCUCAAAGUUGUGUUGUCACAGGUGAAACUGUGCGAGUCGCGUAUGCCUUAAAACCACACCCAGAACGGAAUCGAUGUCUGGUCACCCACUUCAGCUCACAGAAGAAAACCCAAAAUAAAGCAUCAUCAUCAUCAAAGGGUCAGCCCAGUUUUGAGGAGAGGUCUUUACACAAGGAGAAAGUUGUAGCUUUUGUUUGCCCUAAAACUAAUUCAUCCCUUCUACAGCUGAGCCAGCUGGUGCAUGCAGAUGUAGGCAAGAGCACGACUCCAGAGAUCAGCAAAUAUUUCCUGCCUAGUUCCGCUAACUAA